AUGCAGCCAUAUCGAAAUACCUCAUCGCCCCUCGACAGUAACGGGCGCGACAAUGGCGAAGAACGUCCGGCCAAACGACAAAAAGAGACUCACAAGCAGGACCCUGGACGGCUACAGGAGGUCGGUUUGAUGCGCAAUGGAGGCACUGUCACUUCGGCCAGUUUUGUUGGCAGUGCCAGUGGAAUCCAUUUCAUCCGUUCUGUCUACAGCGCGAUGGCUGGAAGGACUCCAAACACCCAUGGCGAGACACCGGAGAGCACCCUGGUGCCUGGAGAGGAUGACCGGCUCGAAACUGGUAACGGCAUUACAGUGUCGAGGCAAAUAUGGCAACCGCAUGAGGUCGACUUCGAAGAUCACCACCAGGACGUCGUGCCUUUCACGUUCGAUGAGCUGCUCGACUGGUCCGCCAGCUAUUUCGACAUUUGGCAUCCCGCGUAUCCAUUUCUCCAUGCACCUUCAGUGUUGGAAAGCUUCGAAAAGUUCGCUCAAAACGGAGUCCCCGAAGAGAAUACCUUUGAGGUGAUCAUCAUGAAGACCAUCAUCUCCAUCAGCUUAUGCGACCGUCGCCAGAGACAGCAUCCCACCCAAAGACCUGUGCCCAAAUGCCUGGUGUUCACCACCUUCGAUGAAGCGCUUGAUAGUGUACAACCGGCCCUGACCAAAGCCGCGACUAUAAAAGCUCUCCAAUCGGUCGUUUGCAUUCAGCUCCUUGAAGUUUCCAUGCUGCGACUCAAUGCCGCCUCCAGGCUUGGAGGCCUGGUCAUUAGGCUUGCAUUCCAGAUGGGUCUACAUCGAUGUCCUGCGAGAUUCUCCUCGUUCACGGUUGGGGAACAACAACUGCGUCAGCGCCUUUUCUGGUCCAUCUACUGUAUCGAUCGACAUCUAUGCCAAGCACUUGGACUACCGCUCACUAUCCGUGACGACGACGUCGAUGUCUGUUAUCCCGAUGCCGAAAGGCAUAUCGUCCCCGGCAGAAACGCCCAACUCUCCACCACCAGCGGUCAAGCCAUGGGUGGCCCGGUUGAUGGGCGAUUGAGAAUCCUGACGCUCCUUUCCAAGCACGCCGAGAUCAAAGGGUUGAUAAUGGAGCUGCGCAACAAGAUGGUCGCGCAGCGAGCGGACAGUCUGGAAAGAGCCAUGAUGAUCAAUGCCAAACUCACGCAAUGGUGGAACAAUGUGGAAGACUCAAUCGAACAGGCUGAUAUCCAGGAUAUUCCUUUCAGCACGCUGCACAAGGCGGUCUUCAAGGUCCUCAAGCAUGAAUCUAUCAUUGCCCUCAACCGUCCGCUCUUGACAACGUCCAAAAAGACUGCAAGCUACGCUGGGGCCCUGCACACUUGUAUUGCGGCUUCCAAGUCAAUCAUCACUGUUCUGCAUAGUCUGGUCGCCCCUGUGGGUGACUCGACGACCACGUCCCCCAGUCAAGGUAUCAGGACUUUUAUGCCGAUGUUCUGGCCCUCGUUCACUUGGGCAGUCUGGAUGAGCGCCUUUAUCAUGCUUUAUGCGGCGAUGGAGAACCAGGUAGAUCCGCAAAUCGCAGUUCGGUGUACGGAUCGAAGCCUGCAGGUCCUCGAGAGGCUCGGUGCCAGAGGCAGUAUAUGGCCAUCUGCCUGUGCGAUCGCGGUGAGGGACAUGCGCUCUGCAUUGCAGCAGAACGGCGGCGGCGGCGGAGUGGACCGACCGCGCCCGACCACGACGAGGUCGUCCAUCCACUCUGACAGUGGCAUCUCGGCGGGACAUCUCGAGCACCCAGGAUCUCACAAUGAUGAGGAGAACAGCUAUUUCCAGGCUCAAACCCAAGAUGGCCCCUCCGCGUCGCAACCUAAAUGGGGCGGGCCGCCUCCCUAUUCUACGACAGGCCAGCCACAAAUGUCCGGCGGCAAUUCCUCCCAGAGCGCCCAGCUGCAACCGUACAACAAUCUUGACUCCAGCACGGUCAGUACCCGACAAAACCUCCGAUCUGGGCUGGAAGAGCUCCAAAAUCAACAGCAGCAAGUCUUCACUCCUCAAGGAGGAUCAAACGUCCAGUUCUGGGAUACUGGUUCUGCACUACCUCAGUCAACGUUCUUCCCCGAUGCGGUGGGCAGUGGCAAGCCGUGGCCCGACUUUAGCAGCAUGGAUUUAGGCCCUGUCUCCGAGAUGCCUCCAUUUUCGGUGGAUGGGCUGGACCCGUUGCAAGGUUUUGAUAUUCCUUUCUGGAUGGGUCAUGACAAUACGGCUGCGUGGAUGAACCAUGGCUAG